AUGGUUAAUGAUACUAGAUUCGCUGGAUAUCACUCUUACAUAAUGAAGAGCUAUGUAGAUUUUGUUGAACAAGCCGGAGGAAGAGUUGUUCCGCUUAUUGUCGGAGAACCUUAAAAUGAGACAUUAGCUAAAUUAGCUAAAGUAAACGGAGUCUUAUUCCCUGGUGGAGAUGGGGAUUAUUUGGAAUAUGGUAGAUUCAUAUUUUAGACACUCAAAGAAUAUAAUGAUAAUGGCACUUAUUAUCCCGUAUGGGGAACUUGUAUGGGCUAUGAAUAUAUAGUAAGCUAUAUUUCAGACAAUGGCUGGAAUGUUUUGGAUGUGUUUGAUUAUGAUACAGGUUCAAUGAGUUUGGAAUUUGUCUAAGACCCUAGACAUACCAAAAUGUAUAAUUGGAUUGGCGAGGAAGCUUUUCUAUUCGAAAAUUACAACAUGACAUAUAAUGCUCAUCACUGGGGAAUGAAUCCAGAGAAAUUCAAAUCUGAUAAAGGGCUUUCUGAGAUUUUCCAUCAUACAGCAAUUAGUUAUAUGCCUGAUGGAAGACCUUUCGUAGCAUCAGUGGAGAGUGACAAAUAUCCUUUCUUUGGAACAUAAUUCCACCCUGAAAAGGCAGCUAGAGUUUAUAGAGAAGAUCUUUACAUUGAUCACUCUUGGCUAUCUAUCAAUUUGAACAAACACUUUGCUGAGUACUUUGUUUACUAAACCAGAUAAAAUCCAAAUAACUAUGGAACCUAUUCUGAAACUCAAAGAGAUAUCAUCUAAAAUUACGACUUAAUAGUCUCUGAUUAAUGGUUCGACACUGUUUAUGUGUUCAAACAAUUCUGA